AUUCUUUGACGUGACCCCCUUGGGCCAGAUCCUGAACCGUUUCUCAGCUGACACCAACAUCAUAGAUCAGCACAUCCCUCCUACCCUGGAGUCUUUGACCCGCUCCACUCUGCUCUGCCUGUCAGCCAUCGGGGUCAUAGCGUUUGUCACCCCAAGCUUCCUCAUCGCUCUGAUUCCUCUGGCUGUGUCCUUCUACUUUAUACAGAAGUACUUCCGGGUCGCCUCAAAGGACCUUCAGGACUUAGAUGACUCCACCCAGCUUCCUCUGCUCUGCCACUUCUCUGAGACUGCAGAGGGACUCACCACCAUCCGAGCAUUCAGACAUGAAUCUCGAUUCAAGCAGAAGAUGCUGGAGCUGACAGAUACCAACAACACAGCCUACCUGUUCCUCUCUGCUGCCAACCGCUGGUUGGAGGUCAGAACGGACUACCUGGGUGCUGUCAUUGUGUUAACAGCAGCAGUAGCCUCAAUAUGGAGCUCUGGCAAGAACCUUCCCCUCUAG